AUGCCUCUCCCCCUCUCUUAUCCCGGCAUUAAAUGUAUUCUGGAAAACUUGGAGGCAGUUAAGCGAGCACAUAUCAUUGCUCGAUCUCCAGGUCUUCAAAAAAUUAAUAAACUGAUUCCGAUUUGUUCGGAAAACCUUACUAUUGCCUGUAACAACCUGACUAUUAACAAAUUGUUGAUUGAAUAUGAUAAGGAUGAAGUGAAAUUUGAAAUGAAUGGGAGAAGAUUAAGACGACAUGUAUCAGACAGCCAGGAAAACGCAAUGAAGAAAUUGAUCAACUUUUAUAUCUGUGGAAGAUCAAUCGCCCGUGUAGAUAAGUUGUAUUGGUUUCCCAGAUUGCAUCCAAAUCUCAUGCCUGUCAAUCUGAAAAUUAGAGUGAAUUCUUUGGAACCAUUCUUCGACUUCGAAACUGCAAUUCCUUUCAUAGACCCUCGUAGUUUUCCUCUAAAAACUGUGGUCGCAAUUCUCGAGGACUCAACAUUAUUUGACAACCAAGUUGUGAAGUUAGCGAAAUCCCUUAUUCUGAUUCUCAUUCAUUACCAAAGAGUCACUGUUGAAGACCUUAAGAAACUUAACAACAAUACUGUGGAAUUCAAUCGAGAUUACCACUCCAGAAUUGAUAUAAUUCAAUUUAUCAAAUAUCAGAUAGAGACUAAGAAAGCAACAGAAACCACUUUUGUGAUUUCAGCAGAUUCCAAAUUUGUCAUGGAUAGAAUGUUAAGCGAGUUUGAACUAGCGUUUGGCGACUUUCGAUUGGAUGGCGUCAUUGAGAGAUUCCUCCCAGAAUCUUCUGGAUUCUCUAUCCCGAUCAACAAUAAUUCCAGAGUCCAUGCCUAUGCAACUGAGAAAUCACCAUAUGGUGGGUGUAAACUAAUUGUAAAACCAGUGUCGUGA